GCCGUCGAAUAGUGGUCACACUAUUCGGUUCAACGACAAAGUAGGAAAUAAUUUCCACUCUUGAUAAAUAUCAAAUAUUUUUGCACUUUUAUAAGCGUCAAACAGCGCACUUUUUAUCCGCGUCUUCGCAGUUUUUACAACCUAUUAAAUCAGAGACCUUGCCCAGUUCGUGUGUCUUCGUCACCAGUGAAAAACAUUACGUAGGGGCGCAGGACCGAAGAAAGUGGGAAAAGGAAAGAUCUAUAAAUAUUUUUAAUCGCCGUGAAAGUAGCCAGCGGAUUUUAGUCGCAAAAUAUCAUUAAUAGACGCUGGGAAGACAUAACUAACUGCAAAAAUGGUCUUGAAAGUCUACGUCAGCGGCAUGUCCGGCAAUAAGGAGGUCAAGAAGCGCCAGCAGCGCGUUCUGAUGAUCCUGGACAGCAAGAACAUCAAGUACGACACGGUGGACAUCACAGAGCCCGGCAAGGAGUCGGAGAAGGAGCUGAUGCAGAACAAAUCGACGAGCAGCGGCGGAACGGUUAGCGAUCCGGAGCCACGUCACCCGCUGCCUCCCCAGCUAUUUAAUGACGAGGAGUACUGCGGUGACUACGACGCCUUCGACAUGGCCAACGAGAUCGACACCCUGGAGGUGUUCCUCAAACUGGCCACCGCCGACACCACGGCGAUUAGUACCGCCCAAAUCGAACUGAAGCAGGAGAACGGCGAAUCCAAGAAGGAGGAGGCGGAAGCGGAGGAGAAGAAGCCGGAGGAGGAGAAGGCGGAGGGCGGCGACGGCGAUGUCAAGGACGAGGCUGCGGACAAGGCCGAGAACCAAGACAAGGACGGCGAAGAUAAGGACAAAACUGAGGGCGAGGAUGAAGCCGCUGAAGAAAAUACUGAAGAAAAGACUGAAACCGCAGAGGGUGAAGAAUCCGAGGAUAAGGAUAGGAAGGAUAAAACUACAGAAUUAGAAAAAACUGAAGAAUCCGAGGGAGAUGCUACUAGUGAAAAAUCCGAGGAGGAUGGUACUACAACAGAAAAAUCCGAGGGUGAUAAGGCCGAAGAAAGAUCAGAGGCAGAACAAUCGGAGGAAGGUGAACCCAAAAAAGAAUCGGAGAAAGAUGAGUCUGAAGAAGAAGCUAAAGAAAACUCAGAGAAAGAUGAUGAGCAAGACGAAACUGAGGUAGAAAAUACCAAUGACUUGAUUGAUAAAGAAUCAAAGGAAGAAAAUGGCAAAGAAGGAACCGAAUCAGAUAAUACCAAAGAAGAAACCGAAGAAGAAAAUAUCAAGGAAGAAACUGAAGAGGAAAAUACCGAAGAAGAAAGCAAAAAAGAAAAUACAAAUGAAAAAACCGAAGAGGAAACUGAAGUUGAAAAUACUAAAGAGGAAACGGAAGUAGAAAAUGCCAAUGAAGGAACGGAAGUAGAAAAACCUAAAGAGGAAACGGAAGACGAAAAAGAAGAAUCAGAAAAUACUCCUGAAGAAAAGGAGCUAGAAGAUAUUAAAGAAGGAACUGAUCUAGAAAAUACCAAAGAAGAAACUGAAUCCACUGAAGAAACUGAGCCCAAAGAAGAAACUGAAUCCAAAGAAGAAACUGAACCCAAAGAAGAAACUGAAUCCAAAGAAGAAACUGAACCCAAAGAACAAACUGCACAAACUAUAGAAGAAACUAAAGAAUCUGAGAAAAAAGAAGACGCCGAAGAGGAGGCGGAAGAACUAGCUGAGAAGGAGAAACCUGAAGAAACGGUAGUAGAACCUACGCCCGAAAACGUAGAGAGUAGUAAAUCAGCCGAGGAGAAUUCUUCCGAAGAAGAGGAAUAGCCGCUAACUUCCAAAAUCGAUAAAAACGACAGCAACAGCCACAUACUGACAUCCGAAUCACAGACACCAAUGCACCUACACUCACUCGCACAUAAAAAACACAUUUAGCCAAAUAAUACCGAAAAGUUUUGUAAAUAGAAACAAAAACCUACUAAUAACGAAUCUGGUGACGGGUAACGAACCCUAGAUUAAGGCUUUAUGUGAAUUUAAUUUAUAAUUUACCCCUUUCGCCCAAAAAAUGCCUGUCCACAACAACAUUAACAA